CCACAGAGCUUAAAUAGCACAUUCCGGGGUCAUUAUCCUCAGUCUCUGCAGAGAACAUUUCACGAUGAAAUAUAUUGUGGCCGUUGUGUUUGGUGCUGGAGUCUUUUUCACUGUGUGCAAUGCAUCUUGCAUGACAAUUUCACCUAAAGGGAGACAGGCAAGAUUGGGGUGUUUCUAUGAAGGACAAUUAUAUAAACUUGACAGCUCAUGGAGGACAGAAGAUUGUAUGGAUUGUGGCUGCCAGUUAAAUGGAGUAAUAAGCUGUUGCACUGCUUAUGGCACACCUGUCAGCUAUGACCCGGAGACGUGUAACUUCGUUUUUAACAAGAAGACCUGUGAGUACGAGCUGAUGCCCAAUGAGGAUCCAACAAAGAAGUGUGAAAAGUAUGGCAUGGUGGGAUAAAUAUAAUGUCUACAAAAACCACCUCCCCGACUAAUCUAAUUUGUGAAGACACCAGAUGUGAAUUAUCUUGUACCAAAUUGUCUACAAUAUAAAUAAAAACUGUAUUUGCAAACAUUAAAAAA